AUGCUACAGGUAAGGGACUUUCACAUAGCAAAGAGAGAGGAAGAUAUUGGUUCCUAUGCAGGUUAUAUAGGUUCUGCAUUUAUGUUUGGAAGAACUUUAACAUCUGCCUUUUGGGGUGUUGUGGCUGACUGUUAUGGACGAAAACCAGUUAUAAUUUUCGGCACUUCUAUAGUGUACGCAUAUGCUGCUGAGAUUUUUCGUGAAGAAUAUCAAGCACUAGGAAUGUCAACGAUUAGUAGUGCAUGGGGCAUUGGAUUGAUUAUUGGCCCAGCUUUAGGAGGUUUUCUUGCUCAGCCUGCAGAGAAAUAUCCAGACUUGUUCACAAAGGGUUCAUUAUUUGGGAGGUACUUUGCUCUCUUGCUUUUCAGGAUUAUAACGUCUUCUUCGGUUUGUUGA